AUGCAAUCUUCCACCCCUUCUUCUCUGAGGCCCAAAGGACUCAAUUGGCCAGUCUCCUCGCACAUCACCGUUUUUGUGCGAAACCUCAGGCUACUGCACUUUGACCAGCUCCCUGACUGGCCAAAUAUAACUGUCCGCUCCUUUUCGGGUGCUCAACCAAACCUUCGGCAGCGCAUCAAAGUGGUGGAAUGGUCUCUAUACCAACUGUUUACGAUAUGGGACCCAGAAGGGGCUCAGAAUAAAUUACGUCCUUUUUUCCCUCCACUUGAACCCUUGCAAUCCGUUAACCUUCGGGCAGCCCUUUUUCGUGCGCUGUCCGAUAUGAAAAAGAAUGGGGUUCUGGGAAGGGAAGUGAUACUCCGCAAGACGAUGCUUGAUGAGUGUAAAGGGGAAAAAUUCGAGGAGGCGCUGGCCACAUUUUCUUUGACAGUGCUACGGAAGGUGAUAUUGGCUCGCAAGGGUGAACACCACAAUCCAGUUCUUGAGAUGACUAUCAAUGGGAGAGCUUCGUCCUCAGAACAAGAGAUGCUGGUUCCACUGAUUAUAGCCCAUCGCGUCUCACUCACAACCAUGAUUAAUGAUAAAUGCCAUAUACGACAAGCUUAUGACCAACUGAAAACCUUACUUGAAAAUAAGACGAUAGAGCUUGCUGCCCGAUCAAAGCAAGCUGCGAAUAAACCCACUGCUGACGAAGAUGAACUUAGCCAUGAGAUCAUAAACCUAUGGCAUGGAAAUGAAAAAUGGGCCCACACAAUUCUCAAUGGCGGAAUACGAGUGUCCACUGAUCACGUUCUCGAGUCAUCUUUCCCCCAAACGCUGUCGCUUAUUAGAAAUGGCCAGCUGGGUGAUAUAGGAAACAGACCUUCCACAGAUCUAUUGGCUGAUUUAGAUAAUCGACUCUCAGAACAGAAGGCUAGAGUUGAAAAAUGGCGGAAAUUUAAACAUACUCUAGUGGAAGAACGAGGUGUAAAGCAACCAUCGAAACACCGCAGCUCCUCCCAGAUAUUAGCUUUCCGGGAUCACCAGUCGUUAACAAUCGCUUCACUCGCUCAGUCAGAUCGCGCGUCAACCUCUCUGUCGACCAAUGGCACAGAGUACUCCUCCCCCAUAAACAUGGACACAGAAUCGCUGCAACCAAUCCCUGUACAACCCACCCGAGCCGUUUUAGGCAACCUCGUCGAACGCACAAGGCAAUCGAUGUCCUUCCUCCCAAAACCCAGCUCGCGAUCCCGUCAGUCUCUAGCAGCUAAGCCUCGAAAGUCCCAAGUGUUCCCUACAAACCAGUUUGAAACUCCGAAAAGGGACGGUCCCCGGAGUCUCGAAUCAGGAGGCUCUGGGAUGUCAACACCUAAGGAAGAACUAUUUAGUCAGGAUGCGGAUUAUGCUAGCGUGUUUAAGAGCAGGCCCAGGAUUGCCAUGAGCCCCGUCAAUUCUCCAGCGGUACAUAUGUUACCAAUGGAUGAUAGUGACAUGGACGCGGAUCAGACUAUAAAUAUAGAAAAAUGA